AUGGCUUUCAGGCUUCUAUUUGUUUGUGCAGUUUUAGUUUGUACGACAACAGCCCAAUUUCCGCCGUCACGGAUUCAGCCACAGCUACGUAAUCAAUUACCUAAAAUCUGCAACUCACCUCCCAAGAUCUGCGACCCGCCGCCACGGAUCUGCGACACACCAAGAAUUUUAAACCAGCCACCGCAGAUAUGUGAUUCACCACCAAGAAUUCUUAACCCAGCAUCACAGAUCUGCGAUCCGCCUACAAGAUUAUUCAACCCACCUUCACUUUGUGAUCAACCACCUCGUUUGUUUAACCCACCACAAUUAUGUGAGUCACCACCUAGAAUCUGCGACUCACCGCCUCUCAUUUACAACCCACCGCCUCAAAUAUGUGAUUUGCCACCAAGAAUCUGCGACCAACCACCACGUAUCAUGAACCAACUCCCACAAAUCUGCGAUACACCUCGUCUAAUCAAUCCGCCGCAGAUCUUAAAUCCGCUGCCAUGUGACCCAACACCUCAGAUCUGCAACUCACCUCCUAAAAUCUGCAACUCGGAAACACAAGUAAUUGUGGACAAUUCUCUUUCUACUGCCCUCGCUAAUGCUUUACAAAUGUUGCUAAUGAAUAAUCUAAUCGAGAAGUCAAUGAAGUUACCAUGUGGAUGCGACUCCAUACCCAUCCAAGGUCAAAUCUAUCCUCCAAUAAUUGAUUAUUUAAAUCCUCAAGUGGAUUAUAUUAAUCCUUAUGCUCCUUGUGAGCCUAUAAUAACUCCUUGUGAAGUUAUACCCCCUUGCCCAUGCGAGCAGGUUGUAGAAGUUAUACCCAAUGUCUAUUAUCCAGAAGUAAUGUCUAUACCUAAUAUUGGAUGCGGAUGUGAGCCCAAUUACAUAGGCAUACCGAAUUAUGGGUGCGGAUGUGAUCAAAACUACGUAGGUAUACCUAAUUAUGGAUGUGGAUGUGACUAUGGGCAGAAUUAUGGAGUACCAUAUGGAUGCGGAUGUGAUGUGAGUCCUUAUGGCUUGCCUAAUGUUGGUUGCGGAUGUGGAAAGUUUGGCAAACAGAAUAUCGGUGAAUUGUUAGCCAGUAUGUUAGGAUCAAGAUUUGGCUGUGAUGGGCUUAUUCCAUCUUGUGGAUGUUCAAACUUGGAUCCUCUAAGCCUUAUAGAAUCCUGUUUGUCUACCAAUAAGUAUGGGAUCUACUGAUCUU